AACGUCUUCAGUGCAGCACAAACCAGCCCACACACACACUCUGCUACUUCCCGAACCGCACGCAGCAUAAAUAUAUUUUUUUCUCUCACUUUCGAUCAACAAAACAUUUCAAUUAGUGCAGCUAUGCGCCUGUUCUGUGCGCCAGACGGGCUGGAUUUGCAUCAAGAACCGCUGUAGAAUUGAAUGGCCAACGCAGCGAGACGCAGUGUUUCCAAUUUUCUAAUAAAAAAAAGAUAGUUCCGCAAUCGAAGAAACAUGGUGCUAAAGUGUACACUAUCAGUAUUGUUUUGUAGUUUAAUGUUAACGGUUGGAACGAUCCACGCUCAGCUGCUGGACAAUCGGUGCUAUCUGGACGGUGGCGGAUCGGCCGUAAACUUUUUCGCGAACGAGGACAUCACGGUUGGGGCGGUGGUCGGCAGUCUGCGCGUGCUGGGCGACCCGGGCAAGGACAUUGUGCUGACGCUGCGUGAAAAGGACUCGCCCGUGUACAUUGCGCCCGGUACGAAGGAUCUGAUCGUGGCGAAACCGCUCGACAAGGAGGGUCUGAUCGGACCGUCGGCCGUCUUUGUGAACGUGAUUUGUGAGCGCAAGUUUUCCGACGAAGCGGGUAUUAUCAUACCAGUCAACAUACGGGUGACGGACGUGAACGAUAAUGCACCGAUGUGGAUCGGUGCCCCGUACAAGCUAAAUCUUUCGGAAGUGACCGUGAUUGGAACGAGAAUUCUCCAAGGCAUUAGAGCGCACGAUCUUGACCAGCCGGGACCAUACUCGACCGUGGAGUACCAGACACUCCCUGGGCCGUACUCCGACUUUGUCGCCUUCGUAACACCGCUAGAAGGUACGCUGGUGCUGAAGAAAUACAUCGACUACGAAACGGUGCAAAACUUUACGGUCAAAAUACGCGCCCAAGAUCAGGGCAAACCGCCCAAGUACUCCGACACCUACGUCACGAUCCGUGUGCUCGAUUCGGACGACCAGAAUCCCAAGUUUGAUCGCGACGUUUACUACGGCCAGCUGCUCGCCGGGCCCGGGGACGUCAGCAUCACACCGGAAACGAUCCGUGCCGAGGAUCAGGACCGGGGCAUCCGGGCCGACAUACGCUACUCGAUCGUGUCCUCGAACGGUUCGGAAGAUGAGCUGAACUUUGAGAUACACCCAACCACAGGCACGAUACGGCAGAGGCGUGCCCUGCCGCCCGCCCAGGCCCACCACUCGCGCACGAUCGUCGUCAAGGCGACGCAGGUGGACAACCCGGACCGUUACGCACUGACCACCGUCAUACUGGCGCCACCGAAGGGCAGUGAAACGUCACCAAGCGCCAUGAGCGUGCAGCCACCGGUCGGUGGGGCGGAAUUCGUUCGCGGCACGUUCUACGUAACGGUGCGGGAAGAUGCUGCGCCCGGCACGAAGGUGUCCCAGCUGGUCCCGGGUGGCGGUGGCCGGGCCGACGAACCGGUCCGCUUCCGUAUCGUGGGAUCGCCGCUCGCCCAGGAACAGUUUCGUGUCGGUCCGGGUGGUGAGCUAAUGCUUGCCAGGUCGCUCAACUAUCGCCGCACCUCGCAGUACACGUUUGCGAUCGAAUCGAGCUUGCCGGGGGGCGAACGCAACACCAGCACCACGGUCGUGGUGGACGUGCUGCCCGCCAACAUGUGGGAGCCACGGUUCCGCAAGCCGUUCUACUCGUUCGCGAUCGACAAUCCGCUGCACGCCCAGCAGCUGCCGAUGCUGGUCGGUCGCAUCGAGGCGGCCGACGGCGACCGGACGGACGAGCUGUCGUUCGUGCUGAAGGGCAACUACAGCAACCUGUUCCGGGUCGACCCGUACGGCAACCUGUGGCUGGUGUCGAACCGUACCGAUCUGCCGCUAGCGAUGCGGCUGCUCGCCACCGUCACUGACUCGGGCACGCCCCAGAAGUCGGCCACCGUACCGGUGGUGGUGAAGCUGAAGCCCGAGACGGCUUCCCUCACCUCCAACCUGCUCGUGGUGAACAUUGUCGUGGCGUGCGUGCUGGGCGUGCUGCUGCUCGGUGGCUUGGUGCGGUGCGUUUAUCGGCGCCGCAAGCGAAAGGUCUCGUCGGCCGACCAGAUCGGGGGCCAUGGUGCGGGCGGCCACGGUGCGAUACCACCGCUCAAGCAUGGCGUUGAUUCUAGCCGCUUUCUGCUGCAACGGCCCGACCAGCGGAUGCUGGAACGGCCGGGCAUGCAUGCGGGCGGGCGUCUCGCGGCGGACUGUGCCGCUUCCUCCACGCUGGGAAGCGAUAAUCAGGACUUUUUGGAGCACGAGGGAGCAGAAAACCCAAGACGAUCGCAAAUACACAACACCCGAGCGCUCGACCGGGAGGAACUGGCCGGGCAGAAUCUAAACCACCUACUGCUGCAAUGGCAGGAAAAGUACGACGAGAAGAACAACGGCACGGAGGAUAUGUCGAUCGAUGACAAGCUGAUCGUGUACUUCUAAGCCCCAAAACAAAGAGACCAAAGUUUCGCCAGCACCAAACUCAACGAUUCUAACAACUGAAACAUUAGACUGAAAGCUGUGCUUUUGAAAUCACGCUACCUAUUUGUAGCAACCUUGUACUCGAACGCACCCGUUUUUGAACGAAGUCUUGAAGAUUUGCCUUGCCAACAUCUGGUUGUUUGUCCGCGUUUUUGCGCGGCACUUUUCGUCUUUAUUUAUUUUACUCUUAUAGCGAUCGCGCGGUGAUCGUGCACCCAGUUCUGCUCCACUCUAGGGCAAUAAAGCAAACCGUACGUAGCUAGUGGUACUUUGUACAAA